CCCGAAGAGUUGCCCGGUGGCCGCGGCAGACGGAAGCCGAGCGAGAGCCUCGGCAGCGGCGGGAUGGGGGACUCCAAAGUGAAAGUGGCCGUCCGGAUCCGGCCCAUGAACCGAAGAGAAAUUGACUUGCAUACCAAAUGUGUGGUGGAUGUAGAUGCAAACAAGGUUAUUCUUAGUCCUGUAAACACUAAUCUUUCAAAAGGAGAUGCCCGAAGCCAGCCAAAGGUGUUUGCAUAUGAUCAUUGUUUCUGGUCUAUGGAUGAAUCUGUCAAAGAAAAGUAUGCAGGUCAAGAUGAUGUUUUCGAAUGCCUUGGGGAGAAUAUUCUUCAGAAUGCUUUCGAUGGGUACAACGCAUGUAUCUUUGCUUAUGGACAGACUGGAUCUGGAAAAUCUUAUACCAUGAUGGGUACAACUGACCAACCUGGAUUAAUCCCAAGACUUUGCAGUGGACUCUUUGAACGAACUCAGAAAGAGGAAAAUGAAGAGCAGAGUUUUAAAGUAGAAGUGUCCUAUAUGGAAAUUUAUAAUGAAAAAGUUAGAGACCUUCUUGAUCCCAAAGGAAGCCGUCAAACGUUAAAAGUCAGAGAGCACAAUGUGUUGGGACCCUAUGUUGAUGGACUUUCUAAACUGGCCGUCACAAGCUAUAAGGAUAUUGAGUCUUUGAUGUCUGAAGGUAACAAAUCUCGUACAGUUGCUGCAACCAACAUGAAUGAGGAGAGUAGCCGAUCCCAUGCGGUCUUCAAAAUCACCCUCACACAUACUUUGUACGACGUGAAGUCUGGGACGUCUGGAGAGAAAGUGGGCAAACUGAGCUUGGUUGAUUUAGCUGGCAGUGAGCGAGCAACGAAGACUGGCGCUGCAGGUGACAGGCUGAAGGAGGGCAGCAAUAUCAACAAGUCCCUCACAACCCUCGGUCUGGUUAUCUCAGCCCUAGCAGAUCAGAGUGCUGGCAAAAACAAGAAUAAAUUUGUUCCAUAUCGUGAUUCAGUUCUCACUUGGCUGCUCAAAGACAGUCUUGGGGGUAACAGCAAGACAGCCAUGGUAGCUACUGUGAGUCCAGCAGCUGAUAACUAUGACGAAACCCUCUCAACUCUGCGGUAUGCAGAUCGCGCGAAGAACAUUGUGAACCACGCUGUGGUGAAUGAGGAUCCUAAUGCACGAAUUAUCCGAGAUCUCCGGGAAGAAGUAGAAAAACUCCGAGAGCAGCUAACCAAAGCAGAGGCAAUGAAAUCUCCAGAGCUAAAAGACCGGCUGGAAGAAUCAGAGAAGCUAAUCCAGGAAAUGACUGUGACCUGGGAGGAGAAAUUAAGGAAAACUGAAGAGAUUGCACAGGAACGACAGAAACAGCUGGAGAGUCUUGGAAUAUCUCUUCAAUCUUCUGGAAUUAAAGUUGGGGAUGAUAAGUGUUUCCUUGUUAAUCUGAAUGCUGAUCCAGCUCUGAAUGAACUUCUUGUUUACUAUUUAAAGGAACAUACAUUGAUAGGUUCAGCAAAUUCCCAGGAUAUCCAACUAUGUGGAAUGGGAAUUCUUCCUGAACAUUGUAUUAUAGACAUCAUAUCAGAAGGCCAGGUUAUGCUGACUCCUCAAAAGAACACCAGAACAUUUGUAAAUGGCUCUUCUGUAUCCAGUCCUACACAGCUACAACAUGGGGACAGGAUAUUAUGGGGAAACAACCACUUCUUCAGACUGAAUUUGCCUAAAAAGAAAAAGAAAGCAGAUCGAGAGGAUGAGGAACAAGACCCCUCCAUGAAGAAUGAUGCCAGUUCUGAGCAGCUGGAUGUAGACGGAGACUCCUCCAGCGAGGUUUCCAGUGAAAUCAACUUCAAUUACGAAUAUGCGCAGAUGGAGGUUACCAUGAAGGCUCUGGGCAAUAAUGAUCCAAUGCAGUCAAUAUUGAACAGCCUAGAACAGCAGCAUGAAGAAGAAAAGCGAUCUGCGUUAGAGCGCCAGAGGCUUAUGUAUGAACACGAAUUGGAGCAGCUACGAAGAAGGCUGUCUCCUGAGAAACAAAACUGUCGCACUGUGGACAGAUUUUCUUUCCACUCACCCAGUGCCCAGCAGCGAUUGAGGCAGUGGGCUGAAGAGAGAGAAGCAACACUGAAUAACAGCCUGAUGAGGCUGAGGGAACAAAUUGUUAAAGCCAAUCUGCUGGUGAGAGAAGCUAGUUACAUUGCAGAAGAACUGGAUAAAAGAACAGAGUAUAAAGUAACCCUACAGAUUCCAGCCUCCAGCCUCGAUGCCAACAGGAAGCGAGGCUCUCUUCUUAGUGAGCCUGCAAUCCAGGUGAGAAGAAAAGGAAAAGGAAAGCAGAUUUGGUCUUUGGAGAAACUGGACAAUAGGUUGUUGGAUAUGAGAGACCUUUAUCAGGAGUGGAAAGAGUGUGAAGAAGAUACCCCAGUAAUACGGUCUUACUUCAAGCGUGCUGAUCCGUUCUAUGAUGAACAGGAAAAUCAUAGUCUCAUUGGAGUAGCUAAUGUCUUCCUUGAAUCCCUCUUCUAUGAUGUGAAGUUACAGUAUGCUGUUCCAAUUGUCAACCAGAAAGGAGAGGUGGCAGGUCGGCUGCAUGUAGAGGUGAUACGAAUCAGCGGUGACGUUGGGGAAAGAAUUGCCGGAGGUGACGAUCCCACAGAGAUCUCCCUUGAUAAGGAAACCCAGGAGAACAAACUUGUAUGCAUGGUUAAAAUACUCCAAGCUACUGGGUUGCCACAGCAUCUGUCCCACUUUGUAUUCUGCAAAUACAACUUCUGGGAUCAGCAGGAGCCAGUAAUUGUUGCACCCGAAGUGGAUACCUCGUCCUCUCCUGUCAGCAAGGAACCUCAGUGCAUGGUUGUCUUUGAUCAUUGCAAUGAGUUUUCUGUUAACAUCACUGAAGACUUUAUUGAGCAUCUUUCAGAAGGGGCAUUGGCGAUUGAAGUAUAUGGCCAUAAGAUGAAUGAUCCUCGGAAAAACCCAGCCCUCUGGGAUUUGGGGAUUAUCCAAGCAAAAACACGUACUCUUCGGGACAGAUGGAGUGAAGUCACCAGGAAAGUGGAAUUCUGGGUUCAAAUCUUAGAGCAGAAUGAGAACGGUGAAUACUGCCCUGUUGAAGUAAUUUCUGCAAAGGAUGUGCCAACAGGAGGAAUCUUCCAACUCCGGCAGGGGCAGUCUCGGCGAGUCCAGGUGGAAGUGAAGUCUGUGCAGGAAUCCGGGACUUUACCACUGAUGGAAGAAUGUAUAUUGUCUGUUGGCAUUGGAUGUGUAAAAAUUAGACCACUCAGAUCCCCCAAGACUCACGAGCCCUUCCAUGAGGAAGAGGAGGACAUGGACAGCUACCAGGAUCGGGAUUUAGAAAGACUGCGUAGAAAAUGGCUAAAUGCACUGACCAAACGUCAGGAGUACUUAGAUCAGCAAUUGCAAAAGCUCGUCAGUAAACAUGAUAAAACAGAGGAUGAUGCUGACCGUGAAGCUCAACUUCUAGAGAUGAGGUUGACACUAACUGAGGAGAGGAAUGCAGUGAUGGUCCCCUCUGCUGGCAGUGGGAUUCCAGGGGCCCCAGCAGAAUGGACCCCAGUUCCUGGGAUGGAAACACACAUUCCUGUUAUAUUCCUUGACUUAAAUGCUGAUGAUUUCAGCUCUCAGGAUAAUCUUGAUGACCCAGAAGCUGGUGGAUGGGAUGCUACCCUUAGCGGGGAAGAAGAGGACGAGUUCUUUGAACUGCAGAUUGUAAAACAGCAUGAUGGAGAGGUGAAAGCAGAAGCCUCUUGGGACUCUGCGGUACACAGUUGUCCUCAGCUCAGUAAAGGCACGCCUGCGGAUGAGCGAGUGUUUCUAAUUGUGCGGGUGACGGUCCAGCUCAGCCAUCCGGCUGACAUGCAGCUGGUUUUACGGAAACGAAUUUGUGUGAAUGUUCAUGGCCGGCAGGGUUUUGCUCAGAGUCUCCUAAAAAAGAUGUCACAUCGAAGUUCUAUUCCUGGCUGUGGAGUGACUUUUGAAAUUGUCUCCAAUAUUCCAGAGGAUGCCCAGGGAGUAGAGGAGCGAGAAACAUUAGCAAGAAUGGCAGCUAAUGUUGAAAACGCAGCUUCUGCUGACUCAGAGGCUUAUAUUGAAAAGUACCUCAGAAGUGUGCUGGCUGUGGAGAACCUCCUUACUUUAGAUCGUCUUCGCCAGGAAGUUGCAGUGAAGGAACAGUUGACAGGAAAAGGGAAGCUGAGUAGGAGGAGUAUUAGCUCUCCAAAUGUGAACAGAUUGUCUGGUAGCCGACAAGAUCUCAUUCCAUCCUACAGUCUAGGCAGCAACAAGGGCCGGUGGGAAAGUCAACAAGAUGUAUCACAAACCUUGGUUUCCAGGGGAGUAGCUCCAGUCGCCCCUUCCCUCCCUGGUUGUCCCCAAAAUAACCACUCUCCUGACCCAGGAUUUAGUAGCCUAGCAGCCUCCUACUUGAACCCAGUAAAAUCCUUUGUGCCACAGAUGCCAAAGCUGCUGAAGGCUCUGUUCCCUGUCCGCGACGAGAAAAGGGGCAAACAGCCGUCUCCCCUCGCACAUCAGCCGGUGCCCCGGAUCCUGGUGCAGUCUGCCCUCCCGGAUGUGGGGACGAUCAGGUUGGCGGAGGCUCACCAAGAGGGCGUGGGGGUUAGUGCGGCUCCCGAUGUGACUGUGCAGAUUGCCCCCGUGGUGAAGAUCUACGACAGACCAACCAAAGUGCCUCCCCAGCAGUCCGUCACUGCCAACACCCAGGCCCCAGAAGCUCAGGACGGGCCGCCCAGCCCCCUGAGCGAGGCCUCCAGCGGGUACUUUUCCCACAGUGUCUCCAGUGCCACACUGUCUGACGCGUUCAUCCCUGGCCUGGAUGCUGCUGCCCAGGCUGGCGGGCAGAUGCCCGGCUCGCCCCCUCCUGCCCUCUGCCAGGACACCCCGGAGACUGAGCUCUUGUUUCCAUCUACUACUACCAGGGCAGACAGAGAUCUUUCUGUCCAGUUGGAGGGUCAGAGCAGCCUUCCAUCACUGUCCGUCCCAGCAAAGCAAAAUGCUCGGGGCAACAGCAGUGGUGCAUCUGAGGCUAAGGAAGCAGUUUCCUGGGAGAAGCAGAAGAAAGAAGCAAGCACUUCCCUAACUCAUCUUCCCACUUCUGCCCCUCAGAAGGAAUCACCCAGCCAGCAAGGUGGAGAACUUUCCUCUGCUACCAAGCAGCUAGGAAGACCCGAGGACCAGGUGAAGCCGGCUGCCAGCUUAGAGCUGGAUGUCUGCAAACCACAGCUGCCUUCUGGUCUCCUCCCACAGUCGCCUGCUCCAGCAUCUCCAUUCAGAAUCCAGAAGGUGAGGACCUCUGAGCUGAAGUCGUUCACACGCAUGCUUGGCGGAGACCCCGGCUGCCCCUCUGGUGCUGAAGAGGACCUGCUGGCCUCAGGAGGGCCGGGCAACUGCAGCUCCGGGGCACAGGCCCUGGGAAAGCUGGAAGUUUCCUCAGAUUCUGAAGAAGCCAGUGAAGUCCCAGAGUGGCUCAAAGAGGGAGAGUAUGUUACAGUGGGCACCAACAAAACAGGCAUCGUGAGGUACAUCGGGCCGACCAACUUUCAGGAAGGGACGUGGAUCGGAGUGGAGCUGGACUUACCUUCAGGUAAGAAUGAUGGCUCCAUCGGAGGGAAGCAGUACUUCAAGUGCAACCCCGGCUACGGGCUGCUGGUGAGGCCGGGCCGGGUGCGCAGGGCGGCGGGCACAGGCCGGCGGCGUAGCGCGGGGCUCAGGCUGCAGGGCGCCCCUGAGCCCCGCAGGAGCAGCACCCUCUCCGGCUCCGCCACCAACCUGGCCUCCCUGACGGCGGCCCUGGCCAAGGCCGAGGGCACUGCGAUGCUCCGGGCCGACCGGAGCCACAGGAACCCCGAGAACCGCAAAUCCUGGGCCAGCUAAGCCGACGCCCGAUGCGUGCCCUCCCUGGUGGCAUCCUCCCCCGUCCUUCCCAGGCUGACACUGACAGAGGAGGUGGCCGGUGCCCCUUCCAAGGCUUUCUGCUGACAGCUCUGGGGUGGAAUUGGAGCUGAGUGGGCUGUGUCACCUCAAACCCCCUUCCCCUGUGGGGGCAGGGCCAUGAAUGCUUUUUGCACAGUGCAGGGCUGGUAACCUCUCCCUGUUUCUCCCAGGUCUCUGGAAGCUUUAUUUCGUCGUCUAUCCGGAGAAUGAGGAGGCAUCUCCGCAGGGUAGCGGGGUUGAAGGUUGCAUGGGGAGCAAGGGAGCGAGGGCCCCGUCUCCAUGUCCCUGGGCCUGGGUGUUUCCCCACCUGGGGCUGUUGCUCUGGUUUCUGUUCUGGCAACCCUGUUAAUCUCUUAAUUUAAAAAAUAAUCAUAACUAGUGCCUUUCCUUCCCUCAGAGGCAGGGUGUCCUCCUUCUGCCCCUAAGGCUGGCACCCCAGCCACCCAACCCAAGUCCUGGCUUGCUCCUCAGGCUCAUUGCCUCCUUCUUGCCUCCAAAUUCCCACACCACUCACACGUUCCCGUAAGUGCCUCCGCCUGGCCUCCUGGGGCUUUGGCACAAGGGCCUGUGUGCCCAGAGAGGGGCCCUGGGCCUGACUCCUCACCUUUCCCUCUUAGAAGGUUUCUUAGAGGUUUCUCUGUGGGUGUUUUAGUGUCUUUAUAUCUAGAAAGGUUUUUCUUCUUCGCCACUUAUUCCCUUAACAGAGUGCUUGGAAUAUAUUUAUUUAUAUUUAUUUUUCCAAAAUUCAAAAUUGUUCGCGAGCCACAAUCGUCUGCCCGGGUGUGAGUGCCCACGGCCUGCCUUGCACGUCACCACCUCCGUGGCCAUUCGGGAGCUGCCAACCUCCUGCCCCGGGUGGAGGUUCCCAGAGGGGGCAGAGGAUGACUGCCCCCCGUUAUGUUCCUUUAGUGCAGAUACACAAGUGGCCUUAGUAAGAUGACAGUGAAAACUUGGAGAAUCAUGUUGUGCUUCUGCAGUCAAUGACAAAGUCAGUCAGAGGCAUCAUGACCUUAUUUGGUGCAAUUUUGGUUUCUGGGAAGGCCCUUAGACCAGUUUAGCUUCUCGGCAGUUCUCUACCCUGACUUCCUGACUCAGCCUGGGGGCCUGUGGCUUGGCAGCUGGGCCCUGGAGGAAGAGCCCUCCCCCGUCCCUGCGGCUGGCCCUGGUGCUUAUCCCUGGGACCUUUGCAGAGCCAAGGACCAGGUCCGGCCUAGGCAGCGCAUCUUGGACAGCCCGAGACAUCCCAGAACAUCGCCACCUCCUGCCAGGACCCAUCUGGUCCCGGAGCCCUUUCCUGCUGGGCUCACUGGAAUGGGGUCUGGGGAAGCUGGGAGCCUCGCAGCCUGGGGUGCUGUGGGGGGCGGGGGGAGCGCAGGGCUGCCGGGGCCCAUAAACCUCCCUGGGGAGCCAGGGCUUCUGGUCUUUCCUAAGGCAAUAAAUAGCCCAGUGACCUCAUGCUGCACAUUCGGCCACCUUCCCUGCCUGUCACCACGAGGGCCUUGUGAGCCUGCGCUGGAGCAAGAGCCCAGAGGACCCCCCGCAGCUCAGAGACGGAAGGCCUGCCUUGGGAUUUGCACGCGGCACUCUUGGCUUCCUCUUUUUAGUUCUCACGCUUAGAGUUAAAAAGCAUCCAGAAAGCUUCUUUUUGAAAAAUCUCUGGUUCUCCAGGGAUUUGCAGCCCCUCAGGAGAAGGAGUGCCAAGUUCCCUGGCCCUGGGCGGGCUUUGUGGGGCCUGGGGCUGCCGCCUGCUCAGAUGCCCGGGAGGAGC